AAGUGAGGCGCGCCGCCUGCAAAGAAGGAGCCAGAGCGCAUCGCGAGGGUCUCGGUGCGGCGCCGGCGGCCUUUCCCUCCCCAUUUCCCUGCUUGUCAGAGGGGGCAAGAAGCCUUUUGGCCGCGGACAGCGCGGCAGACACGGAGGUCGGUGCAUUGAGACACGUGUUUUUUCUAAAAAAAACUUGUCUUAUCGGUUCCCACUUCGGCCAGGGGACCCGCGCGAGUGAGGCCGCCAGGCGUUUCCUUUGGCUCCAGGCUGGGCGCACGUGCUGCCAGGAAACGCCCCUUCCCACACCAACCUCUCUCACGCCUCCCUAUUGCUCGAAUAGUUUCUUGGGAGUGAGUGACCGACCCCCCCUUUCAACUCCUGUCCGCAUCUGGCCUCUGCUCCCUUUCCAGCUUAGCCCGGGAAUCUCUCGAGCAGCACCGGCUCUCCAGGGCUGGGCGCACGCCUUGACCAGAUGGAGAAAAGGAAGCCGCCGGCCGCGCUGGAUCAGCCCCUGCGAACCGCCAGCUGCAAUGGGUACGCGCUGGCCGAGAAGCAGCCGGCCCUUCAGCGGAGUCGCUCGGGAGAAGCGCCGUCCCGUAGCUGGAAGAGCGCGGCUGGCGGGCAUCCCUUAGAGAGCUGGAAGGAAGAGCGGACCCGCAGCGAAGAGGACAACGAAAUGAACUUGCCCGGCCUGGCCGCCGCUUACACCACCAUCCUGCGGGCCUUGGGCGAGGACCCGCAGCGCCAGGGGCUGCUCAAGACGCCCUGGAGGGCGGCCACGGCCAUGCAGUACUUCACCAAAGGCUAUCAGGAGACCAUUACAGAUGUACUCAAUGAUGCCAUAUUUGAUGAAGACCAUGAUGAGAUGGUGAUUGUGAAGGAUAUUGAUAUGUUUUCAAUGUGUGAACAUCACCUGGUUCCAUUUAUCGGAAAGGUGCAUAUAGGUUACCUUCCCAACAAACAAGUCCUUGGGCUCAGCAAGCUUGCAAGGAUUGUGGAAAUAUACAGUAGACGAUUACAAGUUCAGGAGCGCCUUACAAAACAAAUUGCUGUUGCCAUCACAGAAGCCUUGCAGCCUGCUGGAGUUGGGGUGGUGAUUGAGGCAACGCACAUGUGUAUGGUGAUGCGAGGGGUUCAGAAAAUGAACAGUAAGACUGUAACCAGCACCAUGCUUGGAGUAUUCAGAGAAGACCCAAAGACGCGUGAAGAAUUUUUGGCACUCAUCCGUAGCUAAAAACAUGCCAUCGAUUUCCUUCCUGGACUGUCUUCUCUAGCAUUGAUGUUGAAUCUUCUGCUGUUUGUGAUGCUCCUUCUCCUUUCGGAAAAGUAACAGUCACUUUAACAUUUCUGAAGUUUUACUGUGUUGGUGGCAAGUUCCAACAUGUAGUUUCUUUGUUCCUACGGUUCCUUGUGUCAUUGGAGCAUAAAGGUCCCGGAAAUGUUUUCUCAAUCUAUGUUAUGUGACUGUUUUAAGGCCAAUGUCAUGCAGUGGCUGUGUGUUUUUGUGUGGGCUUAAGUCAGGUUGUUCUUGUCAAAGUCAUCUGAAGUGCUUGAAGGACUUAUCCCCACUGAGACAGAGAAACCCUUUGCCCUAAUGUCCAGCAAAUUUUUCCAUCCUUUUUUCCAAGGCCAAGAAAGACAGACAAAGGAAUUAGAGGCUUUUUCAUAUUCUAGAUGUUAAAGAAAGGGUGUUACUUCCUUCCCAUAUGAUUAGGCAUUCAUUCAUUUGUUCAGUCGUUCAUUCCUGUUCCUUGUUUCAGAGCAGGGAUCUCCAACCUUGGCAACUUUAAGCCUGGAGGACUUCAACUCUCAGAAUUCCCCAGCCAGCUUCACUCUGAGAGUUGAAGUCCUCCAGGCUUAAAGUUGCCAAGGUUGGAGAUCCCUCUUUCAGAGCAACUUGUACCACCACUUCCUCGGCCCUCCAUUUUGUAUUUCAGUUGCAGCUAGCCCAAUUCUUCACUUUCACAAUCUCUUUUCUUCUUGCAAAUGAAAGUGGCCCGCAUUUUCCUCAGGUGGAUCAGCUCUCUCUCCAAUCCCAGGCAAGUAGAAGUCAAAUUCCUUCUACCAAUUUCCAUUGAUGAAAUGGAAAUUAUGGCCCUUCUUUGUGUUCAUCAUUGAUCUAAUACUUAUAUAUAAUAGUUAUAAUGCUAAUAUAAAUUUUUUUAUAACUUUUGUUCUGAAAGACGCGGGGUCUAAAAUCUUGAGAUACUUGUAUUAAUCUCAUCAUAAUGCAGGAAACUGGAUAUCAACUGCUUUUCCUGGACAGGAGUUGCUUAGAUUUGGCAAAAACUCUGACACUGAAGAGAAAAAAUAAGUCAUAGUUUGCCUGGCAUUCAUUUCACUAAUGGGACCAGAUAAAAAAUGGAAUUCCUUUUGAGGUGAUGGGAGCUGAACAAUGUACAAACCCAGCCCUCCUGCAUAAACUGGGUCUGUGUUCCCAGGAAUUCUGGGAAUUGUAGUUUCAACUCAUUUGGAAGCCAUUCAACUCAUUUGGAGGAUGAGCUGCCCUCAGGAAUCCAGGACUGAUCACAUUUUUAUAGGAUUGAAACAUUGUAUUUUUCCCUUAUAUGAAAUUGAUUGGGAUGUUCUAUUUUAGUAAACUA